AUCACUGACUUUUUGAAGAACUGUAUUUAAAUUUUUUGUAUUUGAAAUUCUUACUGAAAUUUUUAUUUUAAACUGUUAUGGAAGAACAAAAAAAUUUGGACAAGAAAGAUAAUAAACAAGCCAUAGUAUCGGAUUCUGAAUAGUUGUCUGGUGACCGGAUGUAAACCGAGCAGUUGGUUCAAUAUUGAAAAAGCUGCUCAAUGAUACACCCCUCUCUAAAGACUUAAUGUCAAACUGUGCGUCAACCCAGACAAUAAAUUAUGUGUGAAUGCAUGCCGAUUGGAUUCAAAUAUUCGCUUAAAGAUCACAUACGUUGCAACAAGGUGCAUAGUGGUGAAAGCAUGCAGAUUUCAACCAACGACGAACUACACUACUCAAUGCCUCAAUCCGAGAAUGGUAAUAAUAACUUCAUAAUGUCGGUUACUCGCGACUCACUUCAACGGAUAGCUAUCAACACCGGCCAGGUCUGGUAGGAUAUGCAUCGAUCUACAUAUGCAAUGUCGGAACGCGAGAAAACGGUACGAAUAGCCUCCCGUGCACACUUGCCAACCAUUAAAAACCCCUAAAGCACGUGUACGUGAUCGCCAUCGUUAUGCUGGACGAUCGGAACGCUGGUCAUUCGCAAACAUCGAGCGCGCCUGAUAACGGAUCCAUUCGGGCCUGGUCACGAACGUCGCUGGCUCGGUUUUGGAAGGUCGUAUAAAAGCGCUUGACAGUGAAAUUUCCCCAAUCACACCUGACAGCUUGCUCGUCGUAGUCACAUCGUUGCAGCGCACAUUCCUUAACUGUACGGCACUCGGCAGGGCACGAACACAUUUGUACGAAAACGAUGGCGUUCCGGUAUUUGGUGGUCAUUGCAAGCGUAAUGCUGGCGUCGGGACUGACCGUGGCCAACCCGGCUAACAAACCAGCCUUCUGGAAGGGUACACCGAUGGACGGUAUGGUGGAGGAGAUGCGUUCGCUGUGCAGUUCGGAGAACGAUUCAGUCGCCUGUACGAAGUUCAAGAUCAUGAACUUCCUGGAUACGGUUUUCAAGAAGGACAGUUUCCAGAUCUCCGAUGACGUUGAGGUGCGCAGCAAUGGAGCCCUUGUAAGUGAGGGUCGUGCACCAUCGGGUUUACUGGAGCAGAUCGAGAACUACCUGCGCAGUCACGAUGUCACCUUUAAGAUGCCGAUUGCCGGUGCUCGUGUCACCGUGUCUCCGCGCAACCUCGAACAGGACGAGCUGAACGUGACGUUCAACUUCCCUGCUGGAAGUGGCCGUGGAAUUGAGGCACGUAAAUCAAAGCUGAAGAAGAUCGUCGUCCCGAUUAUGGUGUUUAUCCUGCUGAAGGCCAUGACUCUCAUCCCGAUGGCACUCGGUGUGCUUGGUCUGAAGGCGUGGAAUUCGCUCCAGCUGUCAUUCUUCUCGUUCGUUGUGUCGGUCGGACUUGCUAUCUUCCAGCUUUGCAAAAAGCUGGCCGCCGAUAGCCAUCAUCCGCAUAUUGCCGCCCAUGGACCAUGGGAUGCGGGCCGAUCCUUCGUUCAACCCAGCUUCGACGGUCAGGAUAUUGCGUACAGUGCCCACGCAUAAAUCUGAAUCAGUUCUCGACAUGUAUGAAACCCAUCCCAGUGGGGAAAAUAAUUUAUUUAACUUAUUUCUAACGAAUGUUCACGACAAGACUUUGCUAAGGCUACCCCUAUGAGCAUAAUAAACGAAUCCGUAUCGAAACGAAACAGCACGCUUUAUUGAUUGCUUUAUAGCUUUUGCUAGGUUUAUGUUUAAUUAAUCACAAAACGUGCGAGAUAAAUGGCUUUCUUUUAAACAUACACCUGUCUGAUCGAAUGGCAAGUGGAUAUGGUUAAUAUUCCAGUCGAUAUGUACGGUGAAAUGUUCGAUCAUUGGUUUCACUUCCGAUUUGGCAGGCGGAAUGGAAUGUCAUGUGCGACUCGCCGUUUUAAUUAUGGGAAGCACGUAACACACCAGGCGUCUCCAUGGCAUUGUUCGUUCGUUCCGUGCGAGCAUUAUGUGGAGAAAAUAGGUUUGUGUCCGUAGUCGAUAGGAGAGUAUUGAUUCGCUAUUGCAGAACGUAUGAGUUUGUAUUUUCUAUUUCACCAACGAAACGUCCACAUGUAUCAUCGGGGGUGUCAGAAGGCACAGCAUGGGAUUGUAACUGUUUAGAAGAAAUUGGGACGCACUUGAACUACGUGUUCAUAUUUUACGCGAUGUAACUGUGAAGCACGACGACACACUUUAGAUGCAGGUAUGGGUUUGAUUUGUGAAACAUUUUCCAUUUCAUAUGUCUUACUUUAAACGUGUUGGAAUCCCUCGUUUAAAAAAAUCUCUACAAUGGUCUUAUAACAACACUUCAAAUCGAUUUUAGUUUGAAAGCAGCAUGAUUUUCUUACCUUUUAAGCAAAUG